UCAUUGUCAUCAAUAUGUCAACAGUUUCAAGUGAUUACAACAGCAUUCAUAAUUAAAUUUAAACAAUUUAAAAAUCCAAUCAGUGGAAAAUGGAUUUGUUAGCUAGUAAUAAUCAAGGCACAGAGCAUGUACUGGACGUAGAAAUUUUGGAUGAAAUUCGGACUGAUUUGAGUGAAUGUGCUGAGUGGAUUAAUACGCAUCAAUUUAAUAAAGUAUGUCUUCAAUUUCCCGAUGACUUGAUUCCGUGCAGCAUAACGAUACUGAAGGAGUUGAAGAAAGGCGCAUCAGCCGAAUUGUGCAUCCUGGGAGAUACAUCAUAUGGAAGCUGUUGUGUCGAUGACUUGAGUGCCAUUGAAUAAAUGAAAACUCUAAAACUCUCGAUAUAGAACGUCUAAAUAGCUGCUUCACAUGUCAAUGCCAAUGCGAUAAUACAUUUCGGACAUGCAUGUCUCAGCAAAGUCUCACGAUUGCCGGUUCACUAUGUAUUUCCAAAUUUCAAAUUGGAUGUGGACAAAGUAUGUCAAGAGAUGAAAAACCACAUCUCGAAUGCAGAUGAAGAGAUUGUUGUCUUCUAUGCGACAGGGCUCUACUAUCAUUUAGAUGACAUUAAAUCGGCGCUGAGUUCAUUCACAAAUGUGUCGUACGCACAGUUGGCACUCGAUGGAAAGCCGGAUAAUUUAUGCUGGAAAAUGCCAAAGAAUAAUUUAUCGGAAACGACAUGUAUUUGGAUCGGAGAUGACAACCAAUCCCUUUUCAAUCUGAGUUUGACUGUACAUGCAAAGCAGUGGCUGUCCUGUGAUAGACGUAGUUAUCAAAUAAAAGUAGUCAACAAUCCAUUAGCAACGAAUUGGAUGCGUCGCCGAAAUUCCUUCGUGAAAAAAUGCAAGGAUGCACAGGCGAUUGGAAUUGUUGUGAGCACCCUAACCGCGGACGGUUACUUGAAUGCAGUAAACCGAAUUCAAACAUUGGCCCGUAAUCAAGGAAUUCGCACAUAUUUGCUACCUGUAGGCCAAAUCAAUCCAGCCAAGCUGGGCAAUUUUAUGGAAAUAGACUGCUUUGUGUUUAUUGGCUGUCCAGAAAAUAGCAUUCACACAUCAAAUGAAUGCUACAAACUUUUAUCAGUGUUUGAAGCAGAAAUCGCUUUCAAUCCUGAUUGGCGUGUUCAGUUAUUUGAAUUUGGCAAGCGAAUUCAAUCGAACUCAGAAGAGUCUCAACAAGACAAUGUGGAACAUCAAGGCGAAAACGUCGAACACCUAGAUGAAAUCGAAGAUUCCGAAGAAGCUUGUUUAUUUUGUCAUGGCACAGGAAAGCAGCGAACGUGCACAAACUGCCACAAGAUUUGCCAAACGUUUGGAGAAUUGGAGAAGCAUCGAACGGAUCAAUUGGUGUACAAAUGUUCAGACACUCAGGUUGAGGAGCAGUCAACAGAAGAUGAGAAACGUUGCGAAAUUUGUCAAGGAGUUGUUGCGAAUCCCGAGGUGUGCUCUAAUUGUCAGACCGUGGAAAGCCCAAUUCAAUGCAUGAGUUGCUCCAGAAGCUUCUCAACUAAAGAGCUUUACAAUAAACACAGAACGGCGCGUCUAAGCUGUGAUGUUUUUCCAAAAUUAAUGCGUAUUGUUGGCACAAAAGAAACUAAAAGUGUGAAUGUGAUGGAAAACUUGGGUGGUCAAAUGACGCGAUUCAUAAAUAGGGCAAACGUAGAAUUGGAAGCAUGCUCGCCUGCAGCUGUAGUCUAUUUGCUGGAGAGGAACAAAAAUUUGAAAACGCUGAAUGCUUCUUAUAUAACCGGAAAUUUAUUUUCUUUCCCGACAUCGUUUGCCUUGAAACCAAAUCAACAAUCGCCUGCUUUGAAGAAGCUACGUCUAUCAUCAAGUACAAAAUCAUCAGGUUCAUCGAUGAGUAUUGAGAAUUUGCGAGCAUUGCUUCAGUUAGACAGUUUGCGUCACCUUUCGCUAACAUCGUUCGAGUCACUGGACGCUAAUCAAUUGGAGCCAUUGGCAUCGUUGACCGCACUUGUGUCCCUUGAGCUAGGCAAAUGUAAUAAUUUGGCCGGUGGUUUUGCAAAGAAUAUUCUAAUAAAACUACGGAAUUUGGAGCGUUUACGUUUGGAGGAUGGCAAAGGAUGUGUCACAUUUGAUAUUCUUGAAGCGGUUGAAAAGCUUCCGAAGCUGGUUCAAUUGGAACUAGUUAACUUUGACAUAGAACUCGGCUUCGACACACGCAUCGCACAAUGCAAGCGCUUGAAACGCCUAUUAAUUAUUCCGACAUACAUUUCACAGUCGGCAACCACAAACAAUCUUGUACUGUCGAGCAUUGCUCAUCUUGGUGAUACGCUACAGUCAGUCACAUGGGUCGUAACACAGGAAUUGAUUCGUGUCACUGAUUUAUACACCGAAGUUCACGGAAUACAACCGCGUAGAACGAAUGAAGACGAAAUACCAAUAAAAAAACCGGUGCCAAUGGUGCGGGAAUCACUGAGGUCGCAAACAUCCAGCGAUGCAAGUCCACAACACGUUGAAAUUUUGCCGCUGAGCCGUGUGAGAGCCAUCAUCAAGAAAAAAUUUGGGAAACUCAUACUAACUAUUGAGACGGUCCCGUUCACAGCCACUUGGCGACACACAAUAAGCGAAGCUUUCCAACCACAACCGGCAGCGUCCAAAAAAACCAGCCCCAAAAAAACCGCACCAAAAAAAACCUUUCCAACUAAAUUGGGCUGAUUGCGUUUCAGUAUUCACCUCCUAAAAUACCGUUUGGCCUUGAGGAAAAAUUAAUGAACAAUUGAAGUUUUUUUCUUCUAUUUUCAAUACAUAUAUCACAGAAAAAAAUUAAAACGUUGAAAAUGUGUACAUCGGUUGAAUGAUGACAACCAAUCAUUUAUCUAAUUUAUAGUUUCCAAAUGAUAAUUUCAAUCGUUUCGGAAUGGCGGUCAUAAGCAGAAUCAUCGUCGUUUUUUUUCUCGAAAAAUUCUCGUACAUCGCAUUUGGGUGUAUCAAUCUGUAGAUAUUCAAGCAAAUAAAAGAAGAAGAAAAAAUGUCGUUGAUUCUUUUAAAAACAUUAAAUCGAAUAAGGAAAACAAAAUCAAUAUGCAUGUAAAUGAUACACAAACACCCGAAGACUUUCAAAUAAAGAAAAUCUAAUUUCUUUUUUUCUGCUCAA